AUGUCAGACCUCAAAGCUUCCGUUGUAGAGACCAAGAACGGCUUCCACGUCGAGGGAUACGAGAAGAUCGAAUAUGACUUCACCUUCCUCGAUGGCGUCUUCAACCCUGCCAACAACAAUCUGGCCAAGUGCUACGAGCGCUGGGGCCGUUGCCUAGCUGUCAUGGACUUGAACAUCUACAACGUCUACGGCGAUGAGAUGCAAAAGUACUUCGACCACUACAACCUGCCCUUGACGAUCCACAAGACCAUGAUUGGCGAGAAGGCCAAGUCUAUGGAGACUCUCCUCAGCAUUGUUGACUCGAUGACCGACUUUGGUAUCAUCCGAAAGGAGCCAGUACUUGUCGUUGGUGGUGGUUUGGUGACUGAUGUUGCUGGAUUUGCUUGCGCCGCCUACCGAAGGAACACCAACUUCAUCCGUAUCCCAACUACCGUCAUUGGCCUGAUCGAUGCCAGCGUCAGUAUCAAGGUCGCUGUCAACUACGGCAACUACAAGAACCGUCUCGGAGCGUACCACGCUCCGAUGCACACAUUCCUCGACUUCUCUUUCUUGAAGACCCUACCAGAGGGUCAAGUACGAAACGGCUUCGCAGAGUUGAUCAAAAUCUCAACCUGUGCCCACAAGCCCACGUUCGACUUGCUGGACAAGUACUGUGAGAAGCUAAUCACUUCUCGAUUCGGCCGUGAGGGUGAUGACAAGGAGGUCCUACAGGCAGCGGAUGAGAUAAACCGCGCUGGCAUUCACGAGAUGUUGAAGCUCGAGACGCCUAACCUCCACGAGAUCGGUCUUGAUCGUGUUAUUGCCUACGGUCACACCUGGAGCCCGCUCCACGAGCUCUCGCCCAAGGUCCCCCUUCGUCACGGCCAUGCCAUCUCUAUCGACAUGGCCUACUCGGCGACAUUGGCGAACCAGCGUGGUCUUCUCAGCGAUGAGGAGCACAGGAGACUGUUGAACCUGUUCUCCAGGGCCGGUCUAUCCAUGGACCACGAGCUGUUCGACGAGGACAUGCUUGACAAAGCCACAAAGGCUAUCCUGAAGACUCGUGACGGUCUGCUCCGUGCUGCCGUGCCCAACCCCAUCGGUACCUGCGUGUUCCUGAACGACGUCUCCCCUGAGGAGAUGAACAAGGCUCUGCGACGACACAAGGAGCUGAUGAAGGAGUACCCUCGCGAGGGUGCCGGUCUUGACGCGUUCGUCGAUGCAUCCGACACCGGAUACACCAUGAACGACAAGCCCAUUGAGGACGCUAUGCAUGAGUCAAAGAAGACCAUGAACGGCUUGACCAACGGCGCCGUCAAUGGCACCGCCAAGGGAGAGGCUGCUGGCCCUCCCCAGGGCUUACAGGAAGUCAUGGCUAAUGGUUAUGAGAACGGAUACAAGAACUAG